UGUCACCAUCAAAUCAGUAGUUUUAAAAUGUUAUUUAUCACGUUUAAGUUGUGUUUUUAAAUUUUUAUAUAAUAGUUACUAUAUAGUAUCGAGACCCUUUAAGGAUGGGCCGAAUAAUUGCUUACAUUGCGGGCCUUCUGGCCACUCAGGGUGCAUUUUGCUUGGGCACUGUGAUCGGAUGGUCGGGUCCUAUGGAGGCAUCGAUCAAGGAUGGCAGUGCCUAUAAAUUUAAGCCGAAUAUAGUGGAAUGGGGACUGAUCGGAUCCCUAAUGACGCUGGGCGGUGCCUGCUCCUGUGUACCCACGGGCAUCCUCAUAGACAGGAUGGGACGGAAGGUGACGAUGCUGUCGAUGGUGCUACCGUUAACGAUCGGCUGGCUGCUCAUCAUCUUUGCCCAGCAUGUGGGCAUGCUGGUGAUGGGACGCUUCUUGUUGGGCUUCUCCGGGGCAUCCUAUUGCGUGUCGGCUCCAAUGUACAAUACGGAAAUUGCAGAGCUCUCUGCACGCGGCAUCAUGGGUUGCUUCUUCCAACUGCAGGUCGUCCUUGGGAUACUGUAUGCCUUUAUAAUGGGCGCCUUUGUGUCCAGUUUCUACUUUAACAUUGCCUGCGCCAUCUGUCCUGUGAUAUUUUUCCUGUUCUUCAUUUGGAUGCCAGAGUCUCCGGUCUUUUUGGCGCAAAAGGGUAAAAUCGAAAGAGCCAAAAAGUCCCUUCAGUUCCUGCACGGCAAGAAUGCGGCUUGGAGUGAUGAGAUAAAGGACAUUUCCGGUGUCCAGGAGACGGAGAAGGAGAGUGUUGGGAAGAUGCUCUCUCGAAAGAGCACCAUCAAGGGACUGCUGCUUUCGAUCAUGCUAAUGUUCUUUCAGCAGUUCACCGGCAUAAAUGCGGUCAUCUUCUAUUCUACAUCCAUGUUUGCCAUGGCCAAAACCCAUAUAGAACCGAAGUUCUCCACAAUUGUGAUUGGCGUGGUGCAGCUGCUGGCCAUUGUGCCCUCGAUCCUUCUGGUAGAACGCUUGGGCCGUAAGAUCCUGCUCCUGUUCUCCGCAUUUCUGAUGGGCACCAGUCUCCUGCUUAUGUCCCUGGGGUUUGGAUACCUUCACACGUUUAACAUUGGCUGGCUGGCUUUAAUAGAUGUUUGCUGUUUCAUCAUUGGAUUCUCGGUGGGAUUUGGACCCAUACCCUGGCUAAUGAUAGGUGAGCUCUUUGCCGAGGAUGUCAAAGCCCUGGCCGGUUCGGUAUCAGGUACCACCAAUUGGUUAUUCGCCUUCGUUGUGACUAUGGUAUUUCCGCUGCUAAACGAUUACAUUGGACCCACUGUGUGCUUUGGCAUCUUCUCCGUCAUUGCUGCUUUAGCCUUUAUCUUAGUCCUGAUCCUAUUACCGGAGACCAAGGGCAAGACUCUGGACGAGAUCGCAGCCAAGCUGGGCGAGAAGAGAGGGUAGGGUAGAGGGCCAGAGAAAGUAGUGGCUCUCAUUGGCUUUUUCUCAUGUAAAUACUUAUUU